AUGCCGUAUAUUCUCGGUGGCACCGAAGAAACACUAAUUCUUCCCAGUCAGAUAUGGGAAUCAGGAAUAGUGAAAAAGGAAGGAAAUCCUGGUCCCCCUCACGCCGACCCAAGUUCCUCCCUGAGCCUGGCGGUGGACGAGGGGCUGCCGGCCGACACGCUGGUGGGCGACAUCCGCGCCGGGCUGCCGCAGGGCUCCUUGCCGCCGGGGGGCUUCCUGCUGUCGGAGGGCAGCGGCGAGUCGGCGGUGCUGGCCGACUUCCACGUGCAGCCCGACACGGGCAUCAUCCGCACGGCGCGGCGGCUGGACCGGGAGCGGCGGGCGCGCUACAGCUUCGCGGCGGCCACGCUGCGCGGCGACGUGGUGCAGGUGGAGAUCGCGGUGGCCGACGUGAACGACCACCCGCCGCGCUUCCCGAGGGACCGCCUGCGGCUCGACGUGUCGGAGCUGAGCCCCCCCGGCACCGCCUUCCGCCUGCCGCCCGCCCGCGACCCCGACGCCGGCCGCUUCGGCACGCAGGGCUACGCGCUGCUGGCGGCCGGCGAGCCGCCGCUCUUCGCGCUGCGCUACGGGCGCCCGGCGCCGGGCUCGCCGCCGGAGCCGCUGGACCUGGUGCUGCUGCGGCGGCUGGACCGGGAGCGGGCGGCCGAGCACCGGCUGGUGGUGGAGGCGUGGGACGGCGGCAGCCCGCGGCGCCGCGGCCGGCUGCGGGUGGCCGUGCGGGUGCUGGACGAGAACGACAACGCGCCCGCCUUCAGCCGCGCCGAGUACCGGGCGCGCCUGCGGGAGGACGCGGCGCCGGGCACGGCCGUGUGUCGCCUGCUGGCCACCGACCCGGACCUGGGCGCCAACGGCGAGGUGCGCUACGCCAUCAACCGCCGGCAGAGCGACCCCGACGGCUACUUCGCCGUGGAGGAGCGCAGCGGCGUGCUGCGGCUCCGCCGCCCGCUGGACCGCGAGGCGCGGGCGCUGCACCGCCUGGUGGUGGAGGCGCGGGACGGCGGCGCGCAGCCCGAGGUGUCCAGCGCUCUCGUCUCCGUGGCCGUGCUGGACGUGAACGACAACCGGCCGGCCAUACGCCUGCUCUUCCUCACCGAGAGCGGUGGCCCGCGGGUCUCCGAGGGUGCGCGGCCGGGCGACUACGUGGCCCGCGUCUCCGUCUCGGACGCCGACGAGGCGGGCGGCGAGCCCGGCGUGGCGCUGGCCCUGCGCGGCGCCGACGGCGCCUUCGCGCUGCGCCCGGCGGGGGCCGGCGUCUUCUUCCUCUGCGUGGCGGCGCCGCUCGACCGGGAGCGCCGCGACCUCUACGAGCUGCGCCUGGUGGCCCGCGACGGCGGCGCGCCGCCGCUCUCCGCCGAGCAGCCGCUGCUGCUGCGCGUCGCCGACCUCAACGACGAGGCGCCCGCCUUCGCGCAGCCCCACUACCGCGCCGCCGUCUCGGAGGCCGCCUCGCCCGGCACGGCCGUGCUGCGCCUCAGCGCUUCGGACGCCGACGAGCCGGGCUCGCCCAACGCCGAGGUGCGCUACGCGCUCGAGGGAGCGCCCGCCGCCCUGGCGCUGCUGCGCAUCGACGCGCGCAGCGGCGCCGUCAGCACCCGCGCCCGUCUCGACCGGGAGCGGCAGGCGGCGCUGGAGCUGCGGGUGGUGGCCCGCGACGGCGGCCGCCCGCCCCGCUCCGCCUCCGCCCGCCUCAGCGUCCGCUUGGAGGACGCCAACGACAACGAGCCCCGCUUCGAGCGCCGCGUCUACCGCGGGCGCCUCCCCGAGCACGCCGCGCCCGGCCGCUGCCUGCUGCAGGUCAAGGCAACAGAUGCUGAUGCUGACCAGUUUGGUGAAAUUGAAUAUUUUCUUUAUGAUGGAUUCCAUUAUUAUGAAAAAUCCAAAGCCUUCCAGAUUGAUCCCCGUACUGGUCAAAUCUGUGUGUCUCAAGAUAUUGACAGAGAAGGAGAUCCAACUACUUAUGAUCUCUUAGUAAAAGCUAUGGAUGGGGGUGGGCUGAGUGCCCAAGCUUUUGUUCGUAUAGAAAUAGAAGAUAUUAACGAUAAUCAACCUGUUUUUGAACAAGCCACCUAUGUGACAAGCAUCAGCAGUCAUGCACAGCCAGGAACAGAGAUCAUCAGUGUUGUUGCUACGGACAGAGAUUCGGGAAUAUAUGGAGUAGUCACGUAUGAACUGGUGCCAGGAGAAUUUUCUUCUCUUGUCACAGUAGAUGCCACUACAGGAAUUAUUUACCUGAUCUCAGCUCUUGGUCACCUGGCACAUUCUGCGCUCUUCCUGACUGUUUCUGCACGGGAUGGAGGUGGCCUUUUUUCUGCCAUCAAUGCAGCUGUCACAGUACAUAUCCUUCAGACCACUUUGGCCCCUGCCAUAUUUGAGAGAUCCCGGUAUGCUUUUUCUGUCCCUGAAGAUGCUCCUGAAGACAGCCUGAUUGGAACUGUAAAGGCCAAAGAGCCCCCAGAUUCUGUAGAAGUUGUUUCUUAUAGAAUUUCCUCUGGUGACCCACAAGGAAGGUUCUGUAUUGACCCCCGGUUUGGUAUCAUCCGCACCAAGAAAAAGCUUGACCACGAAACCCAAUCUGUCGUGAUGCUCACGGUUCAGUCACAGUUGGGCAACUCUCCUGUCUACAGCAGCACCCAGGUCAACAUAUCUGUGAUAGAUGUUAAUGACAACCCUCCAGUAUUUCUUACUAAAUCUGAUAAGGUAAUCAUUUCACACACCCAGCCUCCUGGCACUGCUGUCUACAUUGCUCACGCAGAAGAUAAAGACAGUGGCCUAAAUGGGGCAAUCAAAUACAGUCUUGCAAGCAAUCAGUCAAAUGCAUUUAGCAUUGAUCCAAGCCUUGGAGUGGUAAAUAUCACCAGGACGGUGUUUGAGGAUAAACAGCAGGAAUAUGCUCUACGCAUAGCAGCUGAAGACCAUGGAAGUCCUCCUCUGAGUUCUUUGCUGUUAUUGAGAGUGAUUAUUGAAGAGCAGAAGAUGGGCCCUACUUUGGUUUUUCAGAACUUGGUGUAUCAAGUAGAAGUCAGUGAAGCUACCCCUCCAGGUGCCCAAAUCCUUCAGAUUCUAGCCCACUCACUUGAUCCACACGGUGUUACCUCCAAGCUGAUGUAUUCCUUAGAGUCUAGCACAGAUUCUGUUGCAUUUGGAAUCAGAGCUGAUACCGGCUGGAUUUAUCUUCGGAAACGUUUGAACUAUGAAUAUGCACAGUUACUAAGUUUUAGAGCCCUGGUCAGCACCUCAGAGGAUGAAAGCUCCAUGCAAAAUGCAAGUACCUCAGUAAUAGUUAAUGUCCUGGAUGAAAAUGAUAAUUCCCCCAUGUUUAUGCCUGAGAGCUACUUCUUCAAAGUGGAAGAAAAUCCAGUCCCCAGGGGUGUGGUUGGCACUGUCACAGCUGUUGACAAAGACUCGGGAAGAAAUGGACAACUUUCCUAUUUCCUCCUGUCUGAUGGAAAGUAUUUCAAGAUGAAUUCCAACACAGGUGAAAUUAUAAACUGCGUUGCGUUAGAUCAUGAAAAAGCAGCUCAGCACCACUUAACUGUGCUAGUGACUGAUCACGGCUCACCGCGACUUAAUGCCACAGCAACUGUGUACAUCUCGGUGAUGGACGUCAAUGACAACAAGCCUAUUUUCCCUCAGGUUGCACCUGGAAAAGAGCUAAGCGCCAAGGUUUUGGAAGGGCAGCCAUCAGGAACACUUAUCACCACUAUCUUUGCAAAGGACUUUGAUUCUGGGAACAAUGGUGUCGUACUAUAUUCAAUAGAAUCAGAAGAAGGUGCAGGAUGCUUCCAGAUUGAUGCUGUCAGUGGGGAGCUGAGAACAACCCGGUCUCUGUCAUAUACUGAGAGAUCAAACUACAGAAUGACAGUCAUUGCCAGGGAUCAGGGGAUGCCUUCCCUUCAAGGACACACUGCUGUUUUCAUCCAGGUAAUUCCACUUCCCCCAGGGAGGCCUGUCUUCUCUCAAGAUUUCAAGCACUUGGUCAUACCUGAGAACUUUAGACCUGCACAAGUAUUGACUUCCGUAAAGCUUCCUGGUAAUCACCUAGCAACUAACAGGAAGCUGUAUUUUAGUAUCGCUGAAGAUGUUGAUGAUGUUCAUUUUGAAUUAGAUAGUUUGACAGGAGACCUUUUUCUUUCCAAGGAACUUGACUAUGAAACAGCUUCACACUUCCUUUUACAAGUUCUUAUAAAGGAUUACAAUAAUAAUCCUCCACAGAAUAACACCGUGUUCCUCAGUAUUGAUGUAGAAGAUUGGAAUGACCAUUCCCCGUGUUUUCAAGAUGACUUCAUAGUGAUUGGCAUAGAGGAAAAUGUACCUGUUGGGACUCUGGUUUACACAUUCAAUGCAAAAGAUGGAGAUGGUAGUUUUCUGAACAGCAAAAUACAGUAUUCCGUGGAAAUGAGUAGCGUGGCUGAAAAUCCAUUUCUUAUUCACCCUUCAUAUGGCACCUUGGUCACAGCAUUUCCACUGGACAGGGAGAUUACUCGCUCUGUGAUCCUUACAGUGUCUGCCACAGACCAGACAACAAACAUGGCUGAUCGCAGACUUGAUUCCCUGACUGCAAAAAUUGUUAUUCUAGAUAUCAAUGACAACAGUCCCAGUUUCAUGUCUUCAUCUCUUUCCUACGUCAUGGAGGAUGCGGAGGUGGGCUUCCUUGUGCACCGCAUAAAUGCAAAGGAUCCUGAUGAGGGAAGAAACGGACAAGUUACAUAUCACAUCAUUUCAGGCAAUGAAAACAAAUCAUUUAUACUGGAUAAAAUCACAGGACUCCUGAAUACAGCCCAGCUUCUGGACCGUGAGGUUCAGGAGUGCUACAGUCUGACGGUCAUGGCUAUUGAUGAUGGCAGCCCAGCUCUCUCUGCAACUCAGGUUCUGACCAUUGUUGUUCUUGAUGUGAAUGAUGAGAGACCAAUAUUUCUGCAGCAACUUUAUGAGACUGCCAUUCGUGAAAACCAGGAUCCAGGGGAGCUGGUCAUAAAGGUGGAAGCUAUGGAUAGAGACACAGGACGAAAUUCCUUGCUUCAGUAUGAAAUCUUGCCAGGAACUGGAUCUGAAAAAUUUAGGAUGAACUCAGACAAUGGAGAACUCACAACAGCUUUAUCACUGGACAGGGAAACUCAGGAGUUUUUCAGUAUUAAAGUUUUGGUUCGAGAUGGUGGAACUCCGUCACUAUCAAGCACAGUGACAGUUAUCUGCAAAGUGCUGGAUGAAAACGACUGCUCUCCCAAGUUUCUCUUUCCCGUCUCUGGGAUUCAUAUUCCAGAGAAUCAACAGCCUUCACUAGUCUAUGUUGCUGGGUGUGUAGAUAUGGAUGCUGGCAAUAAUGGAGCUCUAAGAUACCAAAUAAUUGGUGGAAACGAUGGAGAAUACUUCACACUAAAUAAUACUUCAGGAAAACUGUUGGUCACUCGUACCUUAGACAGAGAGGAUAUCAGCAAUUUCACCCUUGUAAUUGAGUGCCAUGACCUAGGCAGGCCCUCGAGAAGCUCCACUGCACUGUUGUACGUAACAGUCCUGGAUGAAAACGACCACAGCCCGCUGUUUGCAAAGAACCAGUAUCACGUCACCGUGAGAGAAGACCUAGAGGAAGGCUCAGCCAUCCUGGACCUUUUUGCUUCUGACGAAGAUGAUGGCCUGAACGGUGAAGUUACAUACCGGCUGAUCGACGACACCUUUGGAGCAUUUGCCAUUGACAGCGUAACAGGUUCCGUAGUUACCACAAAGGCACUGGACCGGGAGACCAAAUCCCAGUACACGUUCAGGGCUGUGGCAAGUGACUGUAGCACUCACUGGCCAAGAAGUACCACCGUCAGCGUUGUGGUGCACGUGGAUGAUGUCAAUGACAAUGACCCGGUGUUUCUGCAGAACCCUAUCAGGGCCUUUGUGCCUGCUGGAACUGCUGUGAACGAGACGGUAGCCACUGUGAGAGCAGAAGAUGUGGAUCUGGGGCCAAAUGGAGCUGUUGUCUUUAGUUUGGUGCCAGAAACUGUAUUUCAGAUUGACGCAAUGACGGGUGCCAUCGUUCUUCAGCAGCCCUUGGCUUACGAAGACUUCAGUGCCCAGCUGCUUGUGAUGGCUUCAGAUCAAGGCAGCUCACCUCGAACAGCCACAGCCAUGGUCAUUAUCUUUUCAGAGGGACAAGAGGAACUGAUUUCGUUCAGCCGUAACUUGUAUGAAGCAAGUGUGCCUGAGAACAGCGCAGCAGGCACAUCACUUCUAACUGUAGAAGCUUAUGAACACAAAUUUACAGGAGAAAGCAUAAAAUACAGUAUCCUUGGUGAUGAGGAAAGCAUAUUCUCCAUACACCCAAUUACAGGUACAAUCACAGUAAAAGAGCCAAAGUUUCUUGAUUAUGAAGUUAAGAAUAAAGUACAUCUUUCAGUUUUGGCUGAAAAUAGUUUGGAUUCAGUGCUCUGUGGAGUGACUAUUUUGAUACAGGAUGUGAAUGACAACGUACCAAAAUUUGAGCAAAGCUGUUACAAAACAUUGGUAUGGGAAGGCCAAACUGCUAAAACAGACAUCAUACGGAUAUUUGCAACUGACCUUGACAGUGGGAUGAAUGGAGAAACCGAAUACUCAAUUUUAUCUGGAAAUGAAAAUGCAACAUUUCUAAUUGAUUCAGCAAGAGGGAUUUUAGCAACUAACACAAUCCUAAAUCGUGAAAACACUUCAUCUUACAGGUUGGUUGUACAAGCUGCCGAUAAAGGAAACCCUAGACUUUCUGCUACAAGUAUUGUGAGGAUACAAGUGGUAGAUGUUAAUGACAAUGCUCCGAUUGUCCAACCACCGGGGGAAGUUGAGGUCCCAGAAAAUGUCCUGCCUGGUUUUACAGUGACUCGAGUGUCAGCAACUGAUGUGGACUCCAACCCAGCACUUCAGUUUGGCUUUACUGAUGACAAUAGUUCUGGAAUGAAAUUUGCUAUAGAUCAACACACCGGUGUAGUCACAGUGGUGGAACCAUUAGAUUUUGAAGAAACUGCUGUGUAUAAGCUGGGAAUCAUAGUUUCAGAUUCUGUCCAUCAAGCAGAAACAGAACUCACAGUCCGUGUUUUGGACAUCAAUGACAACCCACCAGUGUUUACUCAGGAUUCAUAUCAGGUGAGCUUUCCAGAACUCAUUUCAGUGGGUACCACUGUUCUGACUAUCUCUGCUGUGGAUAGGGAUUCACAGCAUAAUGGAAUGAUUUCCUACAAAAUCCUCUUCUCCUCUGAGGGAUUUUCCAUUGAUCAUAAGAAUGGUUCAGUGUACACUACCAAACCAAUGUCACAGCUGAAAAACGAUACCAGUAUUCAGCUCCUGAUAGCUGCCAUGGAUGGUGGCAAUCCUGCCCUGAGUGCGGUCACCUCCGUAGAGGUACACAUAGAAGAUGUAAAUAACCAUGCCCCUCAGUUCACAAGGGCAUUGUACAAUCUCAGUGUGAGAGAGAAUGCCUCAGUUGGAGAAAGUGUCCUCGCGUUUUCAGCAGUUGACUACGACUGGACACAUGAAAAUACAUACAUGGAAUACUCUAUUAUUGAUGGAAAUGCUCAGAAUUUAUUCACCGUGGAAACAAGCAUCAUGGAGUCAGAAACAUCCUACAAACUCAUUGGCAAUCUUGUUUUGAGCAACAUUCUUGACAGGGAAACUGCUGCUUCUCAUCGUUUGGUCCUCCUUGCGUCUGAUCAUGGAAUGCCCUCCUUGAAUUCAACUGCUACCGUGCUAAUAACUGUACUGGAUGUCAAUGAUAAUCCUCCAGUAUUCAGCAGUCCAGAGUACCAUAUUCAUGUUAAAGAAAGCACCUCUGUACAUAGUCACGUCACUGCAGUUUCAGCAAAUGACUGUGAUGUGGGCAGUAAUGCAGAUAUCACUUAUGUUAUAAUCUCUGGAAAUGACAAACAAUAUUUUUCCUUGGACGGGAAAACUGGAUCAGUGGAUUUGAUAAAAACUCUGGAUUAUGAGGAUACCAUGAAAUUUACUUUACUUGUCCAAGCCUCAGAUGGAGGAGCUGAUAUAAAAAAUGUGGCUUUUUCUGUUGUCCGUAUUAGUGUCCUAGAUGACAAUGAUUAUGCCCCACUGUUUCUGUUUCCCAGCAUGAACUGUAUUGUCAGUGAAAACUUGCCUACUUUUUCUUUUGUGUGCUCUGUUAAUGCACUGGAUUUUGAUAAAGGCUCUUACGGACAUCUCACCUACUCCAUCCAGUCUUAUUGUUUGGCUCAACAUGAAGUUCCUAGAGACCAUGAUAUGUUUUCCAUUGAUGCUUUGACAGGAGAUAUUCAUACAAAGCAAAUGUUUGACUUUGAACGUCAGAAUAGGUACUGUCUCAUAAUCCAAGCAAAAGACAAAGGUGACUCACUGGCCACAGUUACAGUUCAGGUAGAUAUUGAGGGGAAGGAUGAAUUUGACCCAGUGUUUUCACAAGAUCAGUAUUUCUUCAAUCUCCCUGAGAAAAACGAAGCAGGCCAGUUGCUUGGCCAAGUGACAGCAUCAGAUAAUGAUGGUGGACUAGAUGGAGUUGUUCAUUACUCACUGCUAAAAACUUCUCCAUUCUUUUCUGUAAAUCGAACCAGUGGUAAUAUAUAUUUGACUGAAAGUGUUUAUAGAAAGAAAAAUGGCAGCAAAUGGAAUGAUGACAAGCUGGAAUUGUUGAUAAAAGCACAGAGCCCAAAAAUGGAAUCAAAGUUUACUGUAUGCACUGUUUUUGUGAAUGUUUCUAAUUCUCCUGAGAGUUAUCCCAUCAUGUCAGCAUACAGCCUGACCUUUAGCCUUUCUGUUUCCUUGAUAGUGUUCCUGCUGCUUGCUAUCAGCCUUAUUGCACUGAUUCUGAGACAUAAGCGGAAAGAUACAAUGAACUCUGGUGUGGAAAAAGAAGCAGUAUCCUCCUCGGCUUCUGAUUUCAAUUUGGCCAGAGAAGAUGAGGACUGCCAGAAAAUCCAAAGUACUGAGAGCAGUAUGCUUCCCAUGGGUGCCAUAGCAGAAUGGCUGAGCUUGGCAGGAAUCGAAGAGAGGAAGGGUGAUGGUGUCCCCUGCAGGCAUUCAGACUCCAGUGGCCGCAGUUCUGCUGAAGGAGAAACUGAGGAGGAUGAGGAAAUCAAAAGGAUCAAUGAACAUUCUUGCAGAAAGAGGGCUGGCUCUGCGCUGAGUGAGCAAGGCUCACGGGUACCAGAUUCAGGAAUCCCAAGAGAGUCUGACCAGUUCUCCUGGCAGUCUGGUGAAACUGAUGUUGUGGCUACCACACGAAGUAUGGAGAGCAUGCAGGCCAUUCAAGGUGAAGGUGGAGAAGAAGCCUGUGAUGUUGCCUAUACAAAGAACACAAUGUUGUCCCAGACACUAAAGAAAAUUGGAAUAAAAGAGAAGGACAUAAUGGCAGACCUCACAAGAGAAUAUGUCUUGAUAUCAGAUAGGCAGGACUCUGGGUAUGAUUCGCUUGUAACUCGUGGCACCUCUGAUGAGGAUCUUAGAGGUGGUUACAACUGGGAUAAUGUGCUCAGCUGGCAACCCAGAUUUCAACCUCUUGCCUCAGUGUUUAACGAUAUUGCAAAACUGAAAGAUGAAAGUGCACACAUUCAUAGCUUCCCUAAAGAGAAGAAAUCUUCUAAUUUUCCUCCUCCCUUGAUAACGUCAAUAGCUCAACCAGGUGUAAGGACAGUGCCACCUCGAAUGCCAAAUAUAAUAUCAGUGCAAGCAUUUAAAAAAUACCCUCGUUCUCCAUUUAUCCAAAAUCCUGGAUACCCUUCACCAGCUAUGACCCCCAGUUUUUCUCCCUCUCUCUCUUUACUUACCAUGCAGACACCUACUGCUUCUCCAGUAAUGUCUAAUGGGAGAAUGAUAGGAACCUGUCUUAUUUGUCCAAGCCAUGAACUUGCAACAGAGGAAGAAAUUAAGAUCUAGGUUAUUAAAUGAUGGUAGUCUGUGGAAGAAUAUAUGGCGUGAAAUGUUUUUGUUUAACAAGCAAAAUAUGCCUGUUGGAACUGUAUCACCAGUAUUCUUUCUGUUUUCAAGAGCUGAAAAUGUUAAUAUAUUAACAUAGCCACAAACUUUCUAACAAACCUUCUUAUUCUUUGUAGAGUAUGCUGUGAGUCCACGAUGUUUCUCCUUUUUCAACUCCCAGCAAGUGUGGUUUCCCAUGUAAAUCAGACAGACAGGUGCCUGAUCGAGUUUACAGUUUGUUUUUUCCUCAUACUGUGUUAAUAACAAAUUAAUGGUAGUAACUGUUGACUGUGGAAAACCUGUAUUAGCAUGCUGGUAGAUUGACUGCCACUGUGGUUGCUUCAGGAGAGGGUACUAUAGGGAUGUGCAAGUAUGGCAGUUUUGGCCAAAAAGUCAUGAUUUAUCUGCAUAAUAAUGGAUCGCUCAUAGGGUCCACUGGAAAACAUAAUAACCAAUGGUAAGAUAAAAGUAACUUUCCUCUUUUUUACUAGAGUAAUAAAUAUCUAUUGUCUUUCUGUCAAUAGGACAGAAGGAUCCUGGUCCCCAGGCAGCCGUAGGACAGGACAGUGUUACAGCUGUGAAGGGCUCAUAUGCCUCCACCCUGCUCUUUGGUCCUGUGCUGGGCACAUCUCUGCAAGACCAGAUAUCUGGCCUUGUUUGUUGUAUGUAUCAUACAUAUUGCAUUUCGUCUAUGUACGUAUAUCCAGACAUGUACACAUGCCUAUACUGCUGUGUAUGCUUGUAUAUUGUAUCAGAUCAAUAAAACACA